AUGGAGGGCGUCACCUACGACACCGAAAAGAAGACCGUCCAUGUCGGACCCGACAUCGCCACCGGUGAAACCGAGAUCCUCAUCGACCCCGAAGCUGAACGCCGUCUUCUUCACAAACUGGACUUGCACAUCAUCCCCGUCAUCAUGAUCACCUAUCUCGUCGCCUUCCUCGACCGCUCGAAUGUCGGGAAUGCGAAAGUCGCCGGAAUGGUGACGGAUUUGAAUCUCACAGGGUCCAAGUUCAAUGUGUUGGCGAGUAUUUUUUACGUUACCUAUAUCGCCUUCGAGAUCCCAACAUCCACCUACCUCAAGAAAUUUGGCGCCUCGAAGCUCAUACCUGCCAUCGUGAUCGCAUGGUCCCUUGUCGCGACAUUCUCAGCCUUCGUUCAGUCCUACGGCGGGAUGAUCGCCAUUCGCCUCCUCCUCGGCGCAUGCGAAGCAGGUUUAUUCCCAUGCUUCAACCUCUACCUCUCCUCUCUCUACAAACGCGACGAACAAGCCAAACGAUUCUGCAUGAUCUUCGUAGCCCAAGCCCUCGCAGGUGCAUUCGGAGGUCUCCUCGCAUACGGAAUCCUAAAAAUGGACGGAGUCGCUGGCUGGGCAGGUUGGCGCUGGCUAUUCUGCAUCGAAGGUCUUGCGUCACUGGUGGUUGGUGUGGCAGAUAUUUUCCUCCUCCCCGACUCAGCCGAAUCGGCAUACUUCCUCACACCCGCCGAAAAAGACCUCGUACGCCUCCGCGCCUUACAAUCCGCCUCCUACCACGGCCCUUCCACUCCCGACAUCGACUGGACACAAGUCAGGGCCGCGUUUCGGAGUCCCAUGGUUUGGUUGAGUGGGUGGAUCCAGAUGUGUACAAACACCUGUCUCUACGGAUUUUCGACGUUCUUACCAACGAUCAUCAACGGAAUGGGAUACACCUCCGUACAAGCCCAAUACCUCACGAUACCAAUCUACCUCCUCGGUGCAAUAAUCUACUUCCUCACCGCUAUCGGCGUGGACCGGACACAACGCCGCGCACCCUUCAUGUUUUUCUGGGGGUUGUUUACGGUUGCUGGAUACUGCACCCUCCUCUCCGCCACGAAACCCUCGAUACUGUAUUUCGCCUGUUUCCUGGUCGCGAUGGGACUCUACGUGUUCGAUGGCCUAAACAUGCUCUGGCUCGCCGGAAACGUAGCACCACACUACAAACGCGCCGUCGCGAUCGGGAUGAAUCAAACAAUCGGAAACAUCGGUGGCGUCAUCGCUGGGCAGAUCUAUGUCGCGAGGGAUAGCCCGUUGUAUCGGAUGGGACAGGGUGUCAGUUUGGCGGGAAUAUUGACGGGGUAUGUUAGUGCUGUUGGCAUGUUCUUCUUGUUGAGGAGGCUGAAUAGGGGGAAGGAUGUUAAAAGGGGGGAGAUGGGGGGUGUGGAGGGAGAGGAUGGGUUGGGUGAUGCGUCGCCAUGGUUUAUCUACAAGACGUGA